CUUGCAGUGAACCUGCACCCCCUUAUAUGGCUGGCCACCACCUUCUCAAACCGCUGGAGAAGGGUGGAGAAUAGGGGGAGAAAAAGGAGAGGAGGAUGACCACUUUGCCAGCUGUAUCCAAAUUAAGGAAAAAGUGGAAACUUGAAACAGCAGUUCGUCCUUUUGGGUGAAAGUGGCAUUUAGCUCUUUUUUUUUUCUUAAUAUAACUACUACAAAUGAUAGUGGGAGCUUGGUUUGGAGUGGAUGCAAUUUUGCCUUGAAAUUCCUUGAUAUUGCAGGUGACAUUGGGAACUACUAUUAUGGACAGGGACACCCAAUGAAACCACAUCGAAUCCGUAUGACCCAUAACCUGUUGCUGAAUUAUGGUUUGUACAGAAAGAUGGAAAUCUAUCGGCCACACAAGGCCACAACUGAGGAGAUGACAAAAUACCACAGUGAUGACUAUAUCAAGUUCCUGCGGUCAAUACGACCAGAUAACAUGUCAGAGUUCAGCAAACAGAUGCAGAGAUUUAAUGUUGGAGAAGAUUGUCCUGUAUUUGAUGGAAUGUUUGAAUUUUGUCAAUUAUCAACAGGAGGUUCAGUGGCUGCAGCAGUAAAACUCAAUAGACAACAGACUGAUAUCGCAGUCAACUGGGCAGGAGGUCUUCAUCAUGCCAAGAAAUCUGAGGCAUCAGGUUUUUGUUACGUCAAUGACAUUGUUCUCGCCAUUCUUGAAUUACUGAAAUAUCAUCAGAGAGUUUUGUACAUUGAUAUUGACAUUCACCAUGGAGAUGGUGUGGAAGAAGCUUUUUAUACGACAGACCGUGUGAUGACUGUUUCAUUCCAUAAAUAUGGUGAAUAUUUCCCCGGCACAGGUGAUCUUCGAGACAUAGGUGCAGGUAAAGGAAAAUAUUAUGCUGUUAAUUUUCCACUGCGAGAUGGAAUUGAUGAUGAGUCUUAUGAACAGAUAUUCAAACCAAUUUUGACAAAGGUAAUGGAAAUGUACCAACCCAGUGCAGUUGUACUACAGUGUGGAGCUGAUUCUUUAUCAGGGGAUAGGCUUGGAUGUUUCAAUCUCACAUUAAAAGGUCACGCUAAAUGUGUGGAAUUUAUGAAGACCUUCAACCUGCCUUUACUGAUGCUAGGAGGCGGAGGGUACACAAUCCGCAAUGUUGCUCGCUGCUGGACAUAUGAGACUGCUGUAGCGUUAGAUAUAGAGAUUCCAAAUGAGUUACCAUACAAUGACUACUUUGAAUAUUUCGGACCAGACUUUAAAUUGCACAUCAGUCCUUCCAAUAUGACAAAUCAGAACACACUGGAAUACAUGGAAAAGAUUAAAAUCCGUUUAUUUGAAAAUCUACGUAUGCUACCUCAUGCACCUGGUGUCCAGAUGCAGCCUAUUCCAGAGGAUGCUAUUCAAGAAAACAGUGGAGCAGAGGAUGAUGAUGAUCCUAACAAACGAAUUUCAAUUCGAGCUUCUGAUAAAAGAAUAGCCUGUGACGAAGAAUUUUCAGAUUCUGAAGAUGAAGGCGAAGGAGGUAGACGAAACAUUGUAAAUCAUAAGAAAAGUAGCAAGCGAGCACGAAUAGAAGAAAAAAAGGAACUGGAAGAAAGAUCACAUGAUGCUGAAGAGGAAGAUAUUGCAGAGAAAACUGAUGUAAAAGGGAUAAAAUCUGAACAACCCAGCAACUCAUGAACAUUUGAAGUCCUUUUGUGUUGCAAAUGAAGAUCUCAUCUCAAAGAAAUAAUUUUGAGAGACUGCAGACUUGUACGAUUUCAAUGUGCUGCAUAUUUAUUUCAGAACUGGGCAUCUAUUUGGCAGUUUCUUUGUGAUAUUCUAGGCAGCAGAAUUACAAAUAGUCCUAAUUAUGAAGCCAAGAGAAAGAAAGGUUAUGUUUUGACAAACACCCUACCAUGUUGCAAAUAAUAGCAUUUUAAAGUAAUUUUUUUAUUGAAACUAUUUGCUUCAAAUAUGGCAUUGGUUAUCCUGUUGAAAACUGUGUUUACUCUUUUACAAAUAUUUGUAAUUGAACAGUGUUAUAUGACCAAUACUGCAGAAGUGUCAGUCAUAUUGAAAUAAACUUUCAUCUGCACUGUGUGAUAAACAUUAA